UAGUGACACGUGGUCGGCUCGUGCACAUGGCGAACGAGCAAUGUCCUUCGUCGUACCGGCAGGAAUCGAUAUUACGAGAUGGCGGCGAGGAAGCGAGUGUAAAGGGUUAAAAGACAUUCGCAAACUCUCUCAUAUUAUACUACGGACGUAUAAUAUUGUUUUUUGUUACAUAUUUACCUAUAUAUAUAAGUCGAAUAGCGUACAAAAACGUUUAUUAUUAUAAUGAAAUAAAAAGAUGCAUAAAGAAAGAAAACUAGCACCCCCCGAUGGCGGAUGGGGAUGGAUUGUUGUUAUCGGAGUCAGUAUUGUUAAUUUAUGUACCAGAUCGAUCGAACAAUCGUUCGGCCUUCUUUUCGGCGACCUCCUCGGCGAAUUGGAAAUAGAAACGACCGGAGCGGCGGUUAUAGUCAGCGCGUUGGACGCUCUAGUUAAUUUCUCGGGAUUAUUGGUCGGACCUUUGAUCCGCGCCUUCUCCUAUAGAAAAAUAUCUUUGUUCGGUACGAUUUUGUGCAGUCUCGGAUUGAUAUUGACCUUCCCAGCGAAAAAUAUGACGCACGUAUUGUGCACCUACAGUAUUAUUAACGGUUUGGGCGUUGGUUUGGCGGCUAGUUCGACGUUCGUAGCUUUAAGUAAUUAUUUCGUUAAAAGACGCGGUCAGGCGGUCGGUUUUAGUCUGGCUGGGACGGCGGUCGGUAUGAUGUUGAUGCCGCAAGCUGUCCAGUACUUAUUGGAACGUUAUUCUUUCCGAGGUGCGAUUUUAAUACUCGGAGCUUUCGCUAUGAACGGUAUAGCCGGAUCGGCGGUAUUACAACCGGUAAAAUGGCAUUUGAUAUCGGAGGUAAACGACGAUGAAGAAAACGCGUAUCGUCAGAAGAUCGUAUUUUAUUUUGCGUCGACGGAGGAAAUGGAAACUAUAGAAGAAACUGAUUAUGAAGAUUUAGAUUUAAAAGAAAAUCAAACUUUUUUAAGCAAAAACUAUUCAGACGUCGGAAUUAAACAAUUAGGAGAAAUCACCAAACAUAACGGUUUAACUAAAAAAUCGACUUUCCCUCGUAAUUUUUCGAAUACAAGUUUCGCUGAUACGCAAAAACGUCGAAGAAUUUCUGCACAAUCCCUCGUAUCUAGUUAUUCUAGACUAGAUUUUACUGGAUCGAGUAUCCAACUCCAAUAUGACUCUUUGGAGGAAUUUCCACAAUUGCGAAGAAACACGACGUACCCUGGUAUACAAUUGGCGGCAUCCCAAAAAAUAAGACCGUUCUCCCCACAUAUUAAACAAGAAGAAAUCAAAAAAACACUUUGGAAAAAAUUUGUUGAAUUCAUGGAUUUGGAUCUACUAACGUGUCCGAUAUAUCUGAAUUUGGUUCUGGGUCUUUCGUUGGCUUUCGUCGCAGAACAAAAUUUCAAAACUAUUUUACCGUUUUUUUUUCAAAAUUUGGGGUACAACAAACAGGACGUCGCCACCUUUUUAUCGUUUCAAGCCGUUACAGACAUACUGGCGAGAUUAAUCCUACCCCCUAUAUGCGAUCAAGUCAAAUUAUCCAAAAAAACUUUUUUUAUGAUUGGAAUAUUUUUAUUGGGAAUUUCCCGAUCUGCUCUAGCUCAACAAACCGAAUGGUACAGAAUAGUGAUAUGGUUACUGAUAUCAGGUUUUACUAGAGGAGCUACUUUGAUCAAUUUCACCAUUACUAUAGCGGAAUACACUUCGAAAUACUCAACUUUGGAAAAAUUACCAGCUGCAUUUGGUUUGCAUAUGGUAGGAAAAGGAUUAUUUAUUGUAAUAUUAGGCCCGCUUUUAGGUUAUAUACGGGAUGUAACGGAAAGUUUUCCAAUUUGCAUACACUCGCAAACGCUUCUUAUUAUGUUAUGCUGUUUGGCGUGGGUGAUAGAAUACAUCGCAGUGUGGUGUCGCACAAGAAAUAAACCUUCUUCCGUAUCAAAUACCACUACAACUAGUGUGACGUCUCAACACGUACUCGAUACCGACGACAACUGAUAUACACUCAGAAAAAGUAUUUGUUUAUUCGAUUCGUGAUCAAAUAAUUCGACGAUAAUUGAUAUACACUCAGAAAAAGUAUUUGUUUAUUCGAUUCGUGAUCAAAUAGUUACUGAACGGGGAUUUUAAUCAAAUAAAUUUAUUUGAAUUGUUGUAAGUAUAAACGAUUUUGAUGAAAAUUGAAAAAAAAAAUAUUUUUAUAGAUAAAUUAUGUAUGUAAAAAUAAUUUAUAUGAGGUAUAAAUAAAUAAUUAUUUUUCUC